GCUCUGACAGAGGGCUGUCAAGGAAACGCGCACGCUAGGCGCAUCGUUCCGAGAUUUAACUGAACCUGUUAUUUACACCAGCCGGUCCAAAAUCAUCUGCAGUCGAGCCAUGCAUACGAUCUGAAUCCAACAAAGAGCGAUCAACAACGCGACCAACAUCAGAGAGACACAGCGGCAGCGCUCGCUAGACACAGUAGGCAGUCAUGCCGCUGGUUAAAAGAAGUAUCGAGCCGAAGCAUCUGUGUCGAGGAGCUCUACCUGAUGGAGUGCCUAGUGAGCUGGAGUGUGUCACCAACAGCACCCUGGCAGCCAUCAUCAAACAGCUGGGGAGCCUGAGUCGGCAUGCGGAGGACAUCUUCGGGGAGCUGUUUAAUGAAGCCAACAGUUUCUACAUGCGCAUGAAUAACCUGCAGGAGAGAGUUGACCUUCUAGCUAUCAAAGUCACCCAGCUAGACUCCACUGUGGAAGAAGUCUCUCUGCAGGACAUAAACAUGAGGAAGGCUUUCAAGAGCUCUACCAUUCAAGACCAGCAGGUGGUUUCCAGGAACUCCAUAUCUAAUCCUGUCCUUGAGCUCUACCACAGUGGAGACAAACCCCCCCCUCUCAAUAUACUGAGCCCUUACAGAGAUGACAAGAAGGAUGCCUUGAAGUUCUACACUGACCCCUCCUACUUCUUUAUCCUGUGGAGGGAGAAAAUGCUCCAAGCCACAGAGGACAAGAGGAAAGAGAAGAGGAGACAGAAGACCAGCAACUCAGGCCAGACUCACUCAGACCAGACUAAGUCCCACUCCAGGCAGGCCCUUCUCAGAAGCCCCCUUCUAUCCUCCGAGCAGCAGAGACAGGUGGAAGAUCCCAGUCGUGAAGUUAAAAAGGUCCGCAAGGCUCGGAAUCGCAGACAGGAGUGGAACGUAAUGGCGUAUGAUAAGGAGUUCCGCCCAGACGCACGAUUCACCCCCUCACCGUACCACGGCAUGUCAUCUGAGGGUUCGCUUUCACCUGACAACAGGUCAGUUGCCUCAGGUGAGCACUCUUAUCCGGGUAGCCCAAGCCACCCAGGUCAGCAGAUGGCCGUCACCAGCGCUUACUUUUCUGCGGAUGGCAAAGAGCACCUCAAGGCCCCAUCCCAUGUCCAGACCCAGUCUCUUGACCGUGGCUUCCGCCCUGCUCCCUCCUCUGCUCUUGCUGGCAGACAGACCAUUGGCAGGACUCAGACCACCCAUGGCCAAUCAAUUACAGACCCUGCACUUAAUGGACCCCGCCCUCUGCAGGCGAAAGAUUACAGUGGUCAGCAGUCUCGGGAAUAUUUCAUACCUCCCGCUCCUCCUCCACCUCCUCCUCUCAUUCCCUCCGCCCAGACUGCCUUCGACAGCCCCAAUGGACCCUCUUCUGCCCCAGCCAGUGCCAUGGCAUCGCUCACCCAGUCUUACAACCCUUCUCCUCCCACCCCUGCCCUCCCUGUCUCCUACACCCCUUCCCCAACCCAUCCUCCACCUGCAGCCCCCCCUCCACCUCCACCCGGACCCCCCACACACCCCCAUACACACCCUCACUCACACUCCAUGCCUGCUACGGCCCCAGUGGAGGCACCGGUGGUUCCCAGGAAGGGCCAGGUACCCCUGAUCCCAAUGAGCGAUGCACGCAGCGACUUGCUGGCUGCCAUCCGACGAGGGAUCCAGCUGCGUAAGGUGCAGGAACAAAGGGAGCAGGAGGCCAAGAAGGAGCCAGUCGGAAACGAUGUGGCCACUAUAUUGUCACGGCGCAUCGCCGUGGAGUACAGUGAAUCUGAUGAAGACUCUGAGCUGGAUGAAAACGAGUGGUCAGACUAAGGCAGAAUAAUGGUAAACACAAAGUAAGGGUAGAGAGUAGGCUUCAGUUAACAAAAUUAUCAUAACUAAAGUAGCAUGAAUAUGUAUGUCUGCACUAACAUGACACAGCCCCUGUGUUUGAUAAAGGGCUGCGUAACUACAGUGAGUCUUAAAGAAAAACAACACGAAAAUUUGUCAUUUUAGAUGUAUGUCUAUAAUUUGAAGUCUUGUCAGGGGAGUUCAAUGACAGUUUGACCUCGUGGAAGAAUGUUCAUGAUCGCCUCGUCCACACAGCGGGCUGAUGUCUACUGCCUGAGACUAUUCAUCAUUUACACUGAGUGUGGUGGUUCUACCAUCUGUUUACUCUCCCUCACUAUCUUUCUCGUAUUCUCUCUCACUAACCUCAGAGUAUGACCUCAUAACUAUUUGAACAGCCAGCUGGUCAACAACAAGGUUAAUUUUAGCCCAACUUGGAGAGAAAUGAAAAGAAGUGUGAAAUGCAAAUACGAAUAAUGCAAAGAAGAGAAAGGCCACAUAAUGUCCUUUUUUAAGUAUGUUGACCAAGCAUCUAAAAUCUGCUAAGCAAUAUUUAUGGGUGAUUUGCUCAUAUACUGUAGAGCACAAAUACAUAAAAGGUGUCAAAGUUUUGUUUGAAAGCAAAAUUUGAAACAUGUUUAAUGUUAAGGUCACAACCGAAAGGAUAUGAGCUUUCACCAUAUGGACAAUCUGAAUAGUGUCUGAAGUGUCCAAUGUAAUAUAUAUUCAAAUUUAGUGUUCUUUAUGUUGGGAAUAAAGCAUAUUUUUUCUGUAUGAGGGAUGGCAGAAAACUGGUUGCGUAGGCCUAUUCUUUAGGUACACCUCAAACGAUAACAUUUUCCAGUAUAUAUUUAAAGAAAUGGAAAAGGUUUGGUUGGAUUGAAGUCGUUUUAUUUGAUCUAUUUACAAAUAAGCUUGUGGAGGACUUUUAUGCAAAUAUAUAGUGCAUUCUGAAUCGUCAAUGCGUUAAAGUCAAAAGCUGUUAUUGCUGCCUCUUGUGGGCAGUUAUUGGUAGUGCAACUACAAAUUACUCAAAACCCUUAUACUGCUAUCGGCACUAUGGGUCCAGUAAACACUUGUAUUAUUAUAUUUUGUUUUGAGGUUAAGGUAGUGCUGUGAAAGUAGUUAUAAAUUGUGUCUUUAACCGUGUCUUCAUAUUAUUUUUCAUCUGAUCUUUUUAAGUAUAGCUAAAGACAAUUUUCCAGUAUGUUUUGUUAUAUUUCCAGUUGCUGAUUUUAGGAUUGUUGAAUUUUAGUUUUGUAUGGUAGUGCUUUUAUUUCAUUUAUCUUGUCUUUUGCUGGGCAUUUGAUAUGCUAAAUAUGCUAAUUUGUACAGAAUGAGAGCACUUCAGUAUUUUCUUUUUUAUUAAUUUGCUUACGCUGCAUAAACAGAGAGGCUUCAAGUUAAAACUCUCCCGAAUGCCAGCUAUCAUGAGCUGUGUGUUUAGCCUGUUCUGUUUGUGAUAAAUAAAAACCUCUGUGUUGUUAACACCAUGAUGUACAGUAAAGCAUUUUAAAACAGCAAAACUAUGAUUUUGUAGAUAAGAAACUGCAAAAGAAUCAAUGUAUCAAAAAAUACACUCGGGGCAAAUGCUGUGUGCAUGUGCUGCCUGCCUAAAGUACUUAAGUGCUUCUUGAAACGUUUGUGGUAACAUUUAAUGUUUCCAUUUCAGUAUUUUAAGCUAAUUUAAUUAACAUGCUAUUUGUGAUUGCAUCAUUUGUUUAUUGUGGUUGUAUUUGAGCUGUCAUUGGGGUUCCCAGAAAAGCAUGGAAACUAAUUAAAAGCGUGUAAUUAAAAAAUGUAU